UACUAAAGUCCUUUAAAAACCCGAUACAUUUAAAACAACCCUUCCUUUGGACGUUCAAUGUCAUCUAUAUGAGAAAAAAAACUGGUCGUCCUUCAGCGAGUUUUGGAAUCGUUAGCCCGUGACUGUUGGGUUUUUAAUUACUGUGUAAGUUUUGAGUGGUCACGGCGUUGCGACUUCAAUUGCGGCCUCUUUUAACAGUGACACGGUUUAUAUUUCAAUCAAUAGAAGACUUGAAAAAUUUUUUUUUAUCGUCUUAUUUUUAAAGUGCCGACGGUGUUAUUAUAGAUAUUAAGGAGCGGAAAUACAAGUGGGGGAGUUGCUACUUUGCCCAGUGAAUGCGGGUCAUUUCAUAAGUGGUCUGUGUAAAGGAUUUUCUUAAUGACAGAUCCAUUUGUUUUGACAUUUUCUGAUAUGGAAUUUUAAAACCAAUCUGUUAGGCUUUCAUGUCAUGACCCCUCUUCAUGGUUACUCAAAGCGUAAUGUCCACUGCAUGUGUUGAAUUCACUCAGAAUGCAUGGAAAAAAGAUUUGUGUAAGAACUGUCAGAGACCAAAAGCGGAGCACAGCAUUGUGGGAGAUUUCAAUCCGGAAUCCACCAGUUCCCCCGUACCCACAAAGAGAACGUCCAUCAUCGCAGAUGACGUCAUCCAUCAGGCAAAGCGUAAUGCUUCACUGAUUCUGUCAGAGCUCGAGGGUCGGAACGAUGGAAAUCCAGAACUACGAAAACCGCGAACUUCUAGGAGUUUAUCCGUGGAAAAAGAAAAAAUUCAAAAGACUGUGAUUCAGAUUAACAAAGGGGUCAGUGUGAAUGAUGUGAAAAGUAUUCUAGUCAAAAACGGAACAAAGCGGAGUAGACAUUUUGAUAUUAAGUUUCUUGACAGGGAACCGUCGGUGAUCGGAGAGGAUGGAGGUUACGACAAUCUAUUUUUAAACCACGAGGAACCUCCCACAGAAGAAGAUUCUGCGGAGGAUAUUUCUUUCACGGAGGAAGAGAGGGAGUUUGUUCUUCAGGCGUUGCACAAUACGAUAUGGAAUUCGGAUUUGAAAAAUCUUGAUGGUGCUGUUGGAAAAAAUAGUGAAAAUGACAAGAGUCGUGAAUUUGAGGACGUGAAACUCAACUCCUUGUGGAAAAAAGACAGGUUUGCUACACUUCGAGACUGUGAUAAGUUACUUUCCCAGCGAUUCGGGACGUUUCCUCUGAGGAAACCUCUUGGGUCAAAGUCAAACUUAGAGAAAAUGUUCGAUCAGGACGGUAGACUGGAGCGAUCGUCCUCAGACUGUGACCUUCACAAGAUCGAGGAAGAAGGAGAGGGGACCCAUUACGAGACAAAUUUCUCUCUUUUCGAUAAACGUCGCAGUCGGUCAGCUUCGGAGAUGGAGGGUGCAAAAGGCAGUCAAGGAGCAAGCGCACAGCCAUACAUGGACGUAAAUGUCACGCAAUUUAAUGGUCAAAGUGAUGAUAUGAAAAACAGUGAUGAUGAUGUGUUUGAAAUGGACAUGUUUGACGGAGAGAGCUUGUUCGAGAACUUUACGACAGACUUCGAUUUCGAUUUCGAUUCUUCCUCUGCUGGCAUGGCAAUGGUGGACCACUUGAAUGCUAUUCUGGCUAGAUACAGUGACAAUGUCUCCAUCAAAGGAUUUGAGGACAAUGAUUUUCUGCCCGAUGUGGAAGUCAAUGACUCCACAUCUAACAGCGAGAAGAUCUUGGAGAGUCUAAGGAUUCCCAAGGGAAGUAUCAAGUCCAAGGAGCUAGAGGCAAAAAUAGUGUCCCUUGCCACUGACAUUAGAAAGAAGAAACGCCCGGCCCCCAGGCCCCCUGUUGCACCACCCCCUCAACCCACCACCAGGAGUAGCUCAGCUAGUUUGAACAAUGACCAAUCAUCAAAGAAAACAUCUCCAUCACAUUCCCAAAACGGCUCCGAACCAAACUUCAAGAUGGUACCGAUAGGGAAGUCCAUCAUGGGCAACAGUCAUGAGAAACCCCUUUCGCCUAAACGCACGGGUGACUUUCAUGAUGAUUUAGUGGACAGCAAAGGCAAGAGUGAUAGUAACAAAGGUAAAAAGGGAAUCACGUCGUUUUUCAAAAGUUUUCUACGCAGAGGGAAAGAUUCACCGGAGAGUUCCACUGAGCAAAUUACGGAAGUUUCGAGUCCUCCAAAGAAGACUGCACCUGCUGCAACAGUUGUAGAAACUCCAGAAAAAAGCAAAGAAUCAUCAUCUUCAGUAGAAACCAAAGAGGAGAGAAAAUCACCCCAAGUCAAAGCCAAAGUUCUCCCAGAACUAUCAGUAUCAGUCAUCAAAUCUCGCACAAGCAUUAUCAUGUCAGCAUCAGAAACCUCAGCAUUGUUUAAUGGACCAGCAACAACUAAAUCAGAGGAGAAUAUUGAAAGUGAAAGUAUGAUGACCAGUAGUGUGAUAGCAGAGGAAAGUGAAAGUAAAAGUGAGGUCAAAUCCAGUGAAAGUGCUCCAGUUACCAAACCAAGUGUUCCCACUCGACCAAAGCCACCGCCGAAUCCCAAAAGACCCUCGGUGUCCCCCCAACAUGGAGCCAGGGAAGGGAGAUCCUCAUCACCAGCCUCGGAGAGGAAAGGAUCGCAAGAUGGGCCGGAUAGGAAAGCCUCAGAAUCGGACAGCAAGACCGGAAGCUUGGAAAGACCAGACAAAGGGAGUCUGGAAAGGGAAAUAUCCAGAGCCUUGUCCAGAGAGGACAGUCCAAAGAAAGACCCAGAGAAUGUGGCGGUGAGGAGGAGAGCCAAGAGUCCAAAGAGAGUCUCGGCACCGCAAAAACCACCGGCGUCCAUGGGUAAAAGUGCGGAGAACAAAAAUGCCCUGUUUACCAAGGAACUGGAGAUGAGGUUAAGUAAGAGCCUGGACAGCAAGGUCAAUGUUAGUCCUCCACCAGGGAGCCAGAAACCGGCUACUCCUAGCCAGAAACCAGCUUCUGAGGUCAAGAAGCCAACUGUACAGCCACCGGCCCCAACUACAAAACCAGAUCCUGCACCAGUUCAGACGAAAGAGGCAGCAGAACCAAAGGAAGAGAAGAAAGACGCAGUAGUUGAGACUCCCACCCCAGAGAAGAUAGAACUACCCCGGGCGGCCAGUCGUAAGAGCUUCCUGAGACUGGGGGGCAACAAGAAAUCCCGGGCCCCUCCCCGACCCUCCUCCUCCGUGAAGCGGACCAAGUCCAUCACAGACAGUGGAGGAGAGCUACAGACCAAGAAGAUAGACCCCUCUGAUAUCUCUGGACCAGUGCUAAUCACCUCCAUGACGGGUGGAACCUUUAACCGCCGUAACACGAUCUCUGUGGGGGAGGACCCCUCCAUGGUGUCAGGAGAAUCUACAUCCUCUGGGUCUACAGGAGAAAAGUAUGAUGAGUGGCCAGAGUUCUCUCCCCUUGGCUCACUAGAAAACAUGUACGAACCGAUCAUCCCCAAGGAGCGCCCUCCCCCACCCCCUACUGGACCCCAAGCAGAGGGGGAUCUCACAGUCCCUCCCACCUCUAUCCCUAAAUCACCCAGUGAGGGUUACUUAGAGCCCAUCACUCACAGGUCAGCUGUUACAACCACAACAACAACCUCAACAACCAAUGAAAAUAAAGCAUCGGAGGUCAUAACCCCAACUGUCAUGGAAACCUCAGAUAAACAAUCUGAGGGCAGUGGUGACAGUGUGUCAAAGAGUUCGUCUGAGGCGGAAGUGUCGGAGGAGAGAAAGAAAAUCCUGGCUUCACAGCCGAUUUACGAGGAGAUAAAUGGGUAUGGCAAGGACGUGGUUAAGCCACCUGCUCAGAGCGGGAACGAGUUACAGAGAUCCAUGUCGGAGAGUGUCACACAAAGAGACAUGCAUAGGUCGAUGAUGGAGAGUCUUACAGUCGACAUGACAGAUUCCGUGAUUUCAAUAGAUUUUCCGCCUUCUUCUCCAUCACAGGCAGGAAUAUCGUCCGGAUCCGAACCAUCCUCCGCAUGCAGCACCUUAAGUCGACCAAAACCGCUGCCAAGGAAACGGUCCAAACGGGAGAGCAGUUCCUUCGAGCAGCCGUACAUUGCCAUGAAUCGGCCAAGCAUUACUUCAGCCUUGAACGAGACUCAGCUCAAGGACAUGCUGAAUCAACUGACCUCCAUGAAUCUUCAGACUCUGAGGAACAUUUACACGCAGUACGAACGUGUGUUUAUCAAGGAGGCGGUGUCUAUGGGCGUGCCCAGUGUUGGCCCGCUGAAGUGGACGGAUUUCGAUAUCUAUGGCAAACCUGUCCAUUCCUCCGAGAGAUGCGUCGUGUAUAAUGCCAAACUGAGGCUUAGCACCACCAACUGUCAACUCAUGUUGCUUCACACCAAGCCUGACCUGAUGUCUUCCCAGCAUGCAACACUGCUGAAACCCACCGUCAUUUUCUCCGACUCCAUUCCAUACUCCUAUCUCACGGAGGACUUCAUCAAGACCAAUCAGCUUCUCCUUAACAUCCACACCAACCAAUCAAAUUCUGCCAAGUGUUUCGUGGCGGCUGGACAGUUCGACAUCUCUGACAGCCUCUCCAAUCACAUGACCACGAAUCGCCAUGGCAACAGUCAGGUGAUGCUGACUGUGGAAGACAUAAUGGAGAAUGUGUUGUUCUACAUGUUACAGAUUCUGAGUGCCAUCUCACACUGUUUGGACCAAGGGUUUAGUCUCGGGGACGCUAACUUCCGAGAUGUGUUUAUGGUCACAAAUAGCAACUGUUCCCAUGGAAACAUUGUGGCCUUCCUUCCUCACCAGCGGUCACAUGAUGGUUCCCACGUGGACUGUGUGUUCUCUUUCCUGGAUAAAUACCUUGCCGAAAACAUGUCCAGUCGAAGCGAAUAUGAAUUCGGGAAAUUUGUUGGGGGUGUACUCAAAGUGCAAAAAAUGUUACAGUGUCGUAGGAUCGAGAUCCUUCCGUUGAUCAGGAGUUAUGUUGAGUUUCUUCUUUGGGGGCCAAACGAGACAUCGUGGCAGGGUGGUGUAGAAAGGACGAGUAGUCUCGAGCCGAAACUGUCCAUGUGGCUCGAGAAAGAGCGAGCAGCCAUGGUGCAUGGUUUCGCUCGAGUGGAAGAGAGAAAGUACUCUAUAAUGGAGUUCUACCGCAUGAAGUUUCUGCUUAAGUCUAGUGCUGUUAGCCUGUCAGAGUGUGUCCGAACUCACAUGUCUUAUUGAAACAGCAAUCAAUUCAUAUUGAGUUUUGUCGUUGCAGUCAUCUGUGUUAUUAUUUUUUUUUUUUGGAGUAUCAUAUGACAUAUAGAUAUUGUCUCUUGUUUGAUUUUGAUUUUUUUUUAUACUUGAAUGGUUUACUAAUACAUGUACUUGUUGUAAAAUUUGUUGAAAUGUAAAUUGAGAAUUUUGUUUAUUGAAAAAGACACAAGUUUGAAACUGUUUUAUUACAAAAAUGUUAAGAAUUUAGUUUUUGUCUUUGAUUAUUUUACUUUUUUUUUAAUUUUGAAAAAGCACCAAAAGUACCAAAGUGGGAUCGAUUUCUAUAGGUAGGUUUUUUUACAAAAGGUUGUGAAACAAAAUGUUCCUGAGUCAACUUUUUACUAUGACCGAAUCUCCACUGUCUUUGUCUAUGAUGACUGAUGUAUUGUUUAUGUAUUCCAUGAUGGGUUUACAAAAUUUCUGGAUUAUUUUGGUUUGUUCUGUAAUAAGGAUAUUGUUCUUACCGCUGGUAUUAUCUAAAUUGGUACAUUGUUUUUUGGUCGCACCUUGCUAAAUCACU